UCAUUGUUCCUGAAUUUUGAACAUGGUGUUGUAGCCGGUCUACCUUUAGACAAGACCGUAGUUAGAGAUGUACCCGCAAGGAAGGAUGUCUCAUCAUUUCAGGGAGAUGUGUGUUGGAGACCAUUUUGCUGUUAAGGGAUCAAAGGUUCAAGUAUCAGCCAGGUCAGUUUAGGGCAUUUGGAAUGCUUGCUGGAGGCUCAGGCAUCACUCCCAUGUUCCAAGUAUUUCUCGUAUGUUUUAUCUAAUUAUAUGCAAGAGCUGCUUUUGAGUUAGGGGUUUUUUUGUCUGGUUUUUGCGUCAUAUUCUAUAGGAAGUUUUACUUUGUUUCUUUCAUGUUUGUUUAAAAUUUCUAAUUAUAAAUUUGUAUUUCUAUUUUUCAUAUGUUUUUAUGUCAUAUUUGUUUAAAUGUUAUGAAAUCCAAUAAUUUAUGAGUUUUGUAAUAUUUAAAUUAAAUAAUUCAAUUUCUAAAAAAAAAAAAUUUAAGAAUCUCAUAGGGGUUCUCCCAUUGGACCUUCACACAACUAAUUACAUUAACAGGGGUUCUAAACUUCGUAAAGUACACAAUGAACUAUUAAAUUAAUUUGAAGAAUCUAUUAAGGGCUCUAACCAAUGGAGGUGGUCUAAGGGAUUAGUACAUGUUCACAUAUGUUUUGGAUCAGUAUGUUUCAUGAUUUCCAUAUUGGUACAUAAUGUACGUGUUUUUUAACAUUUCUUUUUUUUUUUUUUGGUAAAAUUUUUUUUUAACAUUUCUUUUAAUAACAGAAGUAUAAAAGUCGUCCUAAUUCAGAUUCAAAUAAAAAAAAUGCAAUCUUGCAGUUUUGUGAUUUAGUGGUUUUUACCAUACAACCAUAUCGAAAAUUAUCCACAAUUAAUUGGAAUGCGCGCGGUAUGUGAGAGAAAAUAAAUAACAAAUUACUGCUCACAUAGGUAAAUGAUGAUAUUAAUAUCUAUAUAUUCUUUAACAUUACAAGAUUUAUGAAUAUAUAUAUCUGAUAAUUCCAGUGAUCUGGCCAUGAACCCAACUAAUUCCAGAAUAUGCCCAACAACGUUUUUUAGAAAGGGCUAGCGUGUUUUUGUAUUCGGUAGUAGUUGAAUGAGUUUACGUCUUGUCCUCUUAUCAAAUCAACUACCAUUAGCCGUUGGGUUCCUUGAUAUAUAUAUAUUAUAUACUUUGGGUUAUACAAAUUCAAUAUUCGCGAAUGUUUAAAUGAGCUGGCAUAUACGUACGUAGGCGACUACGUAUGCAUGCAUUCAUCUGAAGAAACAUAAUACGUAGAUUUGUAACAACUAACAAGUGAUGAUGAUGGUGAUGUGUAGUGCUAUUCGUGUGGCAACCACACUCUUCCUCUUUCUUUAUGUUAUAUGUCCAACUCUUUCCAUUAUUUUAUCCCCAUACAAAAUGUAUUUCUCAGUGCUCUCCAAUUCAUCAAUCCAUCUAUUUUAUUUAUUUUAUAUAAUCAAGAAAAAGUAAUCUUUUUGUUCAUUAUCUACUAUCAAUUUGUUGUUUAUGAUUUUAGCUUGCAGACGGCUCUCUGGGUUUAAGAAUGAUAAUGUGAAAAGCAUCUGAUUCAACUUUAAUCCCCUUCAUCUACAUAAGCUAGUUGGAUUAUACUGUCUAAUAUUUAAUUUGUCCAUUAUGUGUCCGUCUUUAAGUAGUGGUGUAUACAUUAAUCCAUUCAUCCUAAUGAAUCCAUCUUUUAUUAAAUAUAUAAUGAACAGAAGAUUCAGAUUAUGAUUACACUUAUCAACCAGCGCCCUAUCAAAAUGUAUGUGUAUAUUAUCCAUUGAUUAAAUUUGGUCAAACACUAAGAAACUUACAGAGAACGGUUAACAAAUAAUACAGAGAGUUUGUGUGCUUAAUAAUAUCUCUUUUUGUUUUGGGUCAUUUCUUUGUCGAACAAAAGUAUAAUCAACCAACAGAAAGUAAAAGGAAGACAGAGUUGUUUUAUUUUCUCUUUAAUAGAAAAACGCUUUCACAGGUUCCGUGUAGUAAGAAAAAGGAAUAAAAAGAAUAAUAGAAGAAAAUAAAUCAGCCGACCACUAUUUUUUUUUAAGUUUGUAUAAUUAAACAUCACAAUGAAUAAUCUAAGAAUUAAACAAGGAAGGAAUUUUGACCCAAAAAAUAAAAAUAAAACAAGGAAGGAAUAAAAUGUUAUCACUUGUUUUAUUUACUAAAAUAUGAGAAAAUCUGAAACUUUGAGAAAGCUCUUUAUUUAUUUUAGGCAGAAAUGGAUUAACCACCAAUCAAACCCCGAUUGAAAUUCUACAGUUUAAAACAAAGUAAGAACUUUAAUACGAAGCUCUUUUUAUUUUACGUUGAUACACACUUGCUUAAUCUUUUUGCUCCAUUAAUCUUUUAUUGAGUAAAUUUGCUCAAAAUACUAAAGAAAUUAGAUAUUAAGAAUCUGCCUAACACAAUAAAACUUUGAGGGACAUAGUGAUGAUAAAGUGAGCAAAACAUUAAGAUAAAGAUAGUGCCCAACAAUGUGUUUACCUAGAUCACUAAAUAUGGUAUAUUGUGUGGUUAGGGAGUUGCAAAUAGUCUAGAGAAUUUGUACUCUCUACACACCAAGUAUCCCCUAUUUGCAUUCUAUACCCUAAAUCCCUCCAAUUUUCUUCCCCCAUCAUUACCAUUUUUUCCCAUUUGUAUGGUAUCUCACACUUUUAAGUAUAUUGAGCUAAUUUACUCAAUAGUCUAAUUAAUUAAAGUAUUUUCGGAAUUUGAAUAUGGUACUUUGAGUCAAUAUAAUAAUAUGUAGAGUAUUUGCACUCUCUACCCAUACAAUUUACCAUUUUUAGUGAUCUACCUAAACACACUGUUGGGUACUGUCAUUUUUUUUAUAUGAUCAUGGUAUCUCUAUCGAGCAUGAAAACUAUUAUAAAUAUGAUCAAAUCUAUAGGAGAGAUCUUUGCAAAUAGGGAUAAAAUUGUUAUUUUGCUCAUUCCAUCAUCACUAUUACUAAUUCUCUAAAGUUUUAUUGUGUUAGACAAAUUCUUAAUAUCCAACUUCUUUUAGUUAGUAUUUUGAGACAAUUUACUCUAUGUACUGCCAAAAGAAAACCUAUUGUGUCAUAUUUGUAUUGGUAGUAUAUGGAAAGAUGACGAACUAAAUCCUUAUAUAUAAGUUUAACAAAACUUUGAAUAGUGGUCAGCAGACUUCGUAUCUUAUUUAAUACCACCGGUAGGUCACCGUUUAAGAAGUUGGGAUUUCAUUUUUAUUUAAUUUGUAUCAUAUUUUCUCUCAAGAAACAUGUGCAUGGCUAUGAUUUUACAAAAAAAAAAAAAUGUGCAUGGCUAUGAAUCAUGAAGACGCUAGAACAAUUCAUAUUGUACGUAUGCAUACCCAUUUCGGUCUCACAUGUCUUUUUAUUUUUGACCUUCGCGAAUAAAAUAAAGUGGCAAAACACACAAAUCCCUAAGAAAAAGAUAAACCAGAAAACAAAUGUGCGUGGUUUCAUAUUUCUUUUCCGUUGUAUUUCAAUUAUUAUUAAUAUUAUUUUUUUUUGCUAGAGAAGUAGUUAGUUUCAAUUGAGAUCGGUUUUUAGGGUAUAUUUAUGCCAAGUAUCGUAUGCUUUAACUUUACCGAUCGUACGCGGAAAUCCACUUUAAUUAUACGUCUACAGCUUUAUUUGUUCAUUUCAAACAUGUAAUCACAGUGCCAAAACGGUUAGAUCUUUGCUAAAUUCAAUAUUCCAGUGCUUGAAAAAUAAAUAAAAAAUAUAGAAUGCUAAAGUACCAUCAUUACACUAAUUUUAUUUUCAAUGCAAUGUCUAUGCAUACAAGACAGCAGUGAGAAUAAUAAUACCAAUAGUAAACUAGUAAUCACGAAGGUACCAUCAUUACGCUAAUUCCAUUUUAUAUAGUGUUUCUAAUUAUAUUUAAAACACAAUAUAUUUUUCAAAUUCAUUUAUCGAAUAGAGUUCAUAAUUCGUCGGUGUAUAUGUCGCUCUAACCGUAAUAACAAAGAAACUCAGUUUCACAAGAUAAGCAAUGUGCCAAUCUACUUUAAUGUUGUUAAAGAAAAUGUCUUAUUCUAUAUAGAAAAUGUAUAAUCUCCUCUAUAAUUCCCACUAAAAUAGAGUAACUCUAUUAUAGAGUUGGUUUUGCUCCAAUGGUUAACUCUAUAAUAGAGUGAAAUAUAGAAAAAUGUUGAUUUUUACUCUACAUUACUCUAUUUUAGUGAAAAUUAUAGAAGAGAUUAUAGAGCAUCAUUGGAGAUGCCCUUAGGGAUACUGAAGAACAAAUUGUUUCUUCACAGUUUGAGCUCACUACAUCAUCUCCAGCCAUUGAAUUUGGUAUGCACAUAGAAGUGAUAACCAUGUUUUUGUGUGUUUGGUAAGAAAUAUUCAAGUUUUGAAGAUUAUUAAUGAAGGUAAAAAACCAGAACUAAAAGUUAAAGAGGUCCGUGUUACUUAGUCCACAUUUUGGCCAAUAUAGUAACAUUAUUUCUUUAACUGGUGGAUAUGAUCCACAUAUAUUAAUUAGUCAAGCGCUAUGUUUGGUAAACAAAACUCUUUUUUUUGAAUAUGUAAUUAAUGGAAACAAAUUCAGUAACAAGAUGAAAACAGAGGUAGUGGUUAAUUUCCAGUCCAAUUUGUCCAAUAUAGUAAAAGUACUUCCAUUAGUUGUGAUGAUGGGCCACAUAUAUGAAUCGUCGACUCCACCACAUAAUAUUCUUUAUUUUAAAUAAUGUUUCACACGAAAUCUCUCCAUAAAUAGAACUCAACCUAAGCGUGUGUUCUCCACACUUCAUCAAACGUUCUCUUAUCUUCUCAUUUCAACUUACAAAAGAAAGUAAAAGAAAGACCAAAAUCACUAUGGAGUCCCACAACGUGAACAACAGCUUGAACGUAGACAUGGAGAAAGACCAAGAAAAGGUUUUCGACUUCUCCAAAAGAGCUCAGUGGCUACGAGCCGCUGUGCUCGGUGCCAACGACGGUCUUGUCUCCACGGCCUCGCUUAUGAUGGGUGUCGGUGCGGUUAAGGGAGACGUUAAAACCAUGAUGUUAUCUGGUUUUGCCGGUUUAGUCGCCGGAGCUUGUAGCAUGGCGAUCGGAGAGUUUGUCUCUGUUUACUCUCAGUACGACAUAGAGGUGGCUCAAAUGAAGAGAGAGAACGGAGGAGAGAUAGAGAAAGAAAAGCUUCCGAGCCCGAUGCAAGCGGCUGCUGCGUCUGCGUUAGCGUUUUCUCUUGGAGCGAUUGUGCCUUUAUUGGCGGCUGCGUUUGUGAAAGAGUAUAAAGUGAGGGUUGGAGUGAUUCUGGCGGCGGUGACGUUGGCUUUGGUUAUGUUUGGUUGGUUGGGAGCAGUUUUGGGGAAAGCACCGGUGGUUAAGUCAUCGGCUAGGGUUUUGAUUGGAGGAUGGUUAGCUAUGGCCGUUACGUUUGGUUUGACCAAACUGGUCGGAUCACAUGGUAUGUGAUAGUUUUUGUGUGUGUGUGUGUGUUUACAUACGUGACCGAACCCUUCUUCAUGUUUCAUGCAACCUACUUUCAGCGGUUACGUUUCUUUUUAUGUAAGAAACUUUGGAGUCUAUGGAUUCAUGGCUUGUUUCUAGAUUUAUGUAAAAAAGCCAAUAUGUUUAUAAAUCUCUCAAAUGGCGUAUUUCUUAAUAGAUAAAUGGCGCGUUGAGUUUUUUUAACACUUGUAGCUCUAAUAGACAAACGGCAAGAUUUCCGUAAAUUUACUUCCAUUUUUUUUUUUGUCAACCAUUGUAUUGAUUCAGGCCCAAUGGCCAAACAUUGCAGAGUAUGAACUAUUACAAACGAGACCCAAAUGAAAAUAAAGUACAAAGAAGCUCAAUUUAAAAAUCGUAAAGGAGAUCGCUGUGUAAUUGUUAUCCUUCUACGUGGCGUCAGCUGAAGAAACAGAAGACACGUAUAAGAGAUACGUGUUCUUCAUGCAAUAGGGCAUGUUUAGUCACCGUAGUUCGCCGCCGCCUGUGCAUCGAGUCUCCAUCUUUUGCUUCUCAACAUGAUCAAGGAUACCUCUCUGUAAUCAUUCAUAUCUCUGAACUCCAUCAUUCGCUUCAUCCUUUGUCUAUGUAGAGACCUCUCCAUCUUCAUGGAUGAUAACUCGGGGAUUGUUCGAUUGACCAACUCAGAGAUUUUUACCGGACCAUCAUCUACUUAGAGAGGAUGCCAGUUCUACUAAUCUCCUUUAAAGUCCAUCGAAGUCAACUCCUACAUCAUCGCUUCCUCUCCACAAAGAUACUUUACCAAAGCAAUUUUAUUGGCUUUCACAGAGUACACGGUAAAGAUUGACUCUUGAAAGAAAGGAUUAGAUGCAUAUCCUUGGAGAAGGAACAGAUUGACUACACAACAAAUGAUAUUACAGUUUUAAUUGCGAAAGAGGAGAAGGUAAAACCGAUCGGAAACGAUCAGAGUUUAUUAACCACAACAAAAUCGCCUAGCGAAGAUGAGUCCGACUAUGCGGAAGUAUUGAUCGAUUUAUUGAUCGAAGAGUAAUUCGCCUAGCGAAACUUUAGAAAUAUGAUACAACAAACCAAAAACAAAAGAGUAUGGUAACCGGCGGCGAAAGGCCACCGGCCACCGGAAACAAGCUUUUGAGUUGAGAGUUUUUUAGAGAGAGGUUGGAGAGAAGAGGUAUUAAUUAUAACAAAUACGAAAUAAUAAUGUAAAACAACUAUACUUCCAUUUGCAUUCUAAUUUUACUCGAAAAAACUGGUAAAAUACAUGCAAGCAAAGUUUCAUUUUUAAUAUAUAUUAGAUGAAAGCGUAAUCAUGAAUAUAAAAUUUUAAUUUUAUUCAGACACCAACAUAAAAAAUGUAUAUUUUUUGGUCAAAACCUCAUCCGCCAAAAUACCACUUAAUUUGUUGGUAGUCAUAACCCGUUAGCAUUUAUAACUACAUGACAUCUACUAGAGCCUAAUUAAUUAAAUUUUAUCCGUUUCAUUGUUGCCUGCGAAAAUAAUGUGUUUGUGAAUGAAUUUAUAUUCAAAUUUUGAACUCUUAGACUAGAAACACGAAUGAGUUACGUUCCAAAAAGAAAAAAAAAAAUCACCACCAAAGAUCAGAAACUUUAGAGUUUGAUCAUGUUCGACCAUAAACAAAGCUCUUCAUGACAAAUCAAUGAUCUCCGAAAGAAAGAAAAAUAAAAGAGAACUAGUUGUUGAAUCUUUGUCGUUUUCAAUGAUCUCAUAUGUAUUACCGAUAUGUAAAACCAAGAGCACCUGCAACAUCAAUUCUCAAGGAUAGUUUUUAAGAAAAAAAUAAUUAAAUAAUCAGUGGAUUCCAUAAAAAACGAAAGAUUCAAUCCUUAAAAUAUCUAAAUAAAGAUUCUUUUUUAGUGAAUCCUUACACUAUUUGUAGACUCCCACAACAUGUGUCAACCUGCAAUUGGUUGAUAUUUCUUUUUUCUUUAUAUGAAAAAGAAAAUAAAAUAAUAAUUAAAAAAACAAAAAAUAUUUUUUCUAAAGACUCUGAUUGGGUAUCACCAUUGGAGAUGCUCUAAAUUUUAUGCUUGGUUUUGGGACGAGAUUGCGUGUAAACUCUCACAUCCUCGUAACAAGGGAAAUGGAACUUUUAUAAAAUGAUAGAAACAGAUAUAUCUCCAUAUACAAAAUAUACACAACCAAGUAACCAACAAAUUACCAUUAGAAAAGCAAUAUAAAGAUACACAAGGUAAAUCCUUCAAGUAAAUUAUAUGAUAUCCAAAAAGGUAAAUAAAUCUUUUAAAUUUUACUUUCGUUUCGCAUGAAAGUAACAUCACUUGGAAACUAUAUCAAAUUAAAUGUCACAGCAUUCAAGCCACAAGAACACAACCAAGAGAAGUUAUAUUCAAGUUAUUUUCUGUUCACACUUCUUUUUAAUUUGUUACUGGUGCUUUAGGCUCUUGCCCAGCUGUUUACUAAAUGCUUCAGUUGGAGCAGGAGACGACUCGUUUGAACAGUGCAUGUCUCUAUAGGUCAAACAAACACUACCUUUGAUUCCUAACAUGUGGUAAUAACAUUGACAAUAUUCUCAUAUGGACCACUAGACAUCAAAAUAAUCUUACACAACCUAUUUUAAUCUGAAAAAAUUACGUCAAGACAUACUUUUUCUUUCUUCUUUUACAUUUACACAUACUUUGAACUGAUCAGGUACUUUUUUUUUUUUUAAAUAUCUAAAAAGUUAUUUAACUUAAACACACCCAAACAAUGUAUCUUCUCUCUCCAAUUAUUCUUUUCGUCUCUUCUGCCUCUCUUUCUUCCGCCUCCUUUUUUCCUUCACCCUUUCCAUUCUCUGCUACUAACAACAUGUCUUCCUCCUCUUCUCUCUCUCCAUUCUUUACUCAUUAUGUAUCUUUUUCAUAUUGUAUAUUUGCAAUUUGAUUGAUUCCUAGAAUUUGACUAGUUUAUUGAUCGAUUAGUCCAACUAGUAUCAUGGAAUAAUAUUUAUGUUGUAUUAUUCCAUCGAUUGGUCCAAUUAGUUAGCUUCAGUUGUAUAUAAAAUAUUAGAUUUUGGAUCAUAUACAAAUUUUCAUAUGAAUUAGUAUUUUGGGAUUGUUGUAUUAUUAUGUUACAAAUUCAUAUCAUAUUGAAGAAGGAAUUUUUUAACUUUUUAAAAAUAAUUUUUGAGUAAUUUGAUAUGAGAUAUAUAUACACUCUUAUGUAACUCUAUCUUAUGUAUGGAUAUUUUAUUUGGAUCCAAAAAAAAAACCGAAAUCGAUCCAUAAAUAUAAGUUUGGUUCAGGUCCAGGUUCAGGAAAAAGUACCUAUUGGGUAUUUUCUUGGACACGCGGGUCUUGGUUUGAGUCCGGGUCCUAUCCGAGACCCGAUCCAGAGUACCCAAAAUGUUUGGUGUAUAUUGUGUAUAUUUGGAUAUUUCAGAUAUGUUUUGGUAUUACAUACAUAUUUUAAGUUUUGGGAUGGGGCUUUUGGUUAUAGCUUCGAGUUUCAGAUAAAAUUUCCAGUUUUAGGAAUAUGUAUUUUGUGUAUUCGGAUAAAUUUUGGGUAUUUUCAGUUCUUUUGGAUCGUAUUUUGGGUAAGUUUUAGGAUUUUUUGAGUAUUUGAAUAUUGUUCUAGUACUUGUUUGAGUUUUAAUAGUAUAGAUUCAUUUUUGAAAAAUAAGUUAAAUUAAAUACAAUAUAUAAAUCAGCAUAAUAUCGUAACGUUAUUAGAAUAUACUCUAAUAAAUAUUAAGAAAACACAACUCAAAAAGAAUAGUGAUUGGUUAUAAUACACUCAAAAUUCUUGUUUAAAUCUAAAUAUGUAAUUGAUAAAUAUUUUUGUAUCUAUAAUAGUAUAAAAUCGUAUUUGUUGAGUCUUAAUCACGUGAAUUUAGGGAAAUCUUAUGUAAAUUAGUAUCAUAUCUAAAGCAUUUAUACGAUUCGGUUUAAGGAUGCAAUUAUGCAGUUUGGUUAUAAUAUAUUGAAUUAUGUUAUAUGGUUUGGUUUUGGGUAAUUAUACAAAUGUGAAUAAUAUGAUGUAUAAAAUAAUGUAUACAAAGGCUUUAAAUGCAGGAUAGUAAUGAAUCUCUGUAAAAAAGUUAGAUGCUCUAAUGAGGAUGAUUAGAUAUAUGAAAUUCAAUUAAUUUUGUUUGAUCAAAUUUCUACAUGUAAAGGUAAGUUAUUGAUGGUGAUGGUUCUAUAGGUUCUUCCUCAGCAAACAUCUGAACUUCAAAACAUCCAAAUAAGUAUAUACUCAUUAUCUGAAGUUUAUCAUAGUUCGAGUAUCUGACCUCUCGGAAUGUAGAUAGAAUUUGAGUGGUAUGAUAUCUCAGUUGCAUAUAUGAUAGUAAGUUUGAUAUCAAAUGUUUAUAAAAAAAUGAUUCACCUCGAGAUAUACCAGCGCAAAGUUUAUAUCAAUGUAUGUAAUAGUCACAAUAUGAGUUUAUUUAAAAGUUAGAUGAUGUUAUGUGGCUGCUAUAAUAAGAGUUUGUUAUAAUAUUUGAUUAUACGUAAUAGAUGGCUAAAAAUGAAUAGGUGCAACAAAUUUUUUAAGUAAAUUUUUAGGUUGAUUCUCUUUAAAUAAUAUAGAAAUUUUAUGUGAGUGUUUUUAUAUCAAAAUCGAAUUCAUUUAUGCAAAUAAUUUUAAAAUAUAUUUUUUUGAAAAACAAUCAAUCUCCCAGGUUAAAUGAACCAUUAUAAUGGAGUUCAAUAAUAUAAAUGCUGGAAAAAAAAUAAUAAUAACACAAAUACAAGUCCAAGCACAAGGAAACACUUGUCAUUUUAUAACUACAAUAAUACUUGUGCGGCUAAGAUAAUAAAUGUACUAAACAUUUGGACUAGAAAAGAAAAAAUAAAUUUUAAACAAAAAGGAGAGCCUUUUUCGCAUCCAGAGAGACAGAGAAAGCACAAAGAAGGUGGUGAGUGGAUAAUACGAAGCAAGUUCAAACUUUUGUGAGAUACUACUUAUAGUUAUCUCUCACUAAAGUUCGGAUCUUUAAUGUCCACUACAUAGUUUUUUCGCAAGCCCUUGUGAUACGAAAUGGUGGAGCUUCCUCGUACGGAGGAUUCAAUCUACAAGGUUCCAUGGGAUGAGAGUUCAUCAUCACGUUUGGACCGGCUCUGCUUACCUUGUAGUCUCAUGAAACUUAAAAGUCUAUUUAUUUUAUAUAUGAAGAAAUUAGAUGGUAAUUUGAGAAUCCUAAGCUUUUUGGAUUCUAUUGGUUACUUGAAUGAUAAAGAGAAGGAUGAUGUUCUUAUCACAAUGGGAACAUGCUGCAUUUGCAGCGUUCCUUAAAGUUGACGCUUAGGAACAGUGAUGAUCAACAUCAAGUUGAGGAUCAUGAUGGGGAAGGUGAUGAGUAUGAGGAGCAGCCUUUUCCUCAAGCUGAUGUGAAUCAAGGUGGGAGAGGUUUAGUAAGAAAAGGCAUCAAGAACUCAAGCGAAUGAAAGGAUGAAGCGUGAGAAUAAUAGGAUGGGACUGGAGUUGAGGCAAAGGGAAUUGGGUGUUGAAUUAUAACGGCAUUGGCUUCAAACUCUCUUGGUUGGUAUAUAGCUUUAGGUAAAUGAAGAAUUGUUUUGUGCUCUUCUUGUAAGCUUGCUUUGAUUGUAAUGAUCUCGAGACUCUUUGAUAUGAGAGAUCAUUGUGGUUGCAUUCAGUAAUGAAGGUUGAGAAUGUAGUGAGAAAGGAUCGUUUAGUAUAAGCACCUCCCGCUCACUUUCUUCAUAUUAACCUUAAGGCUUGAAGUAAUCUUCAACUGGUUAAGGUUAUUUUCAUCAUUCUGCUGUAUUAUUUAUCUCUGACAACUUUAUACAAUUUUCGGAAUGUAACAAAUGUUUCAUU